GCAGAGUGUAAACAAAGCCUUGUGGAAACGCUUUUCAAAGUAAUCACUCCGGUUAAGAGUGCAAAAAUAUCCUAGGAAGCUUUGUGCAAGGGAGUGAGCCACAUCUGGAAAAAGAAAUCAUAAGCUACAUCCUACACAAUGUCAAAUUUUGGAUUUGGUACAACGAGUACUGGUGGGUCAACAGCGCCAAGUGGAGGUGAAUAUGGAGAAGAUGCAGAAUAGUUCACCCUUUUGGCCUUCCCUCGCAGGAUUCACUUUUGGGGCAACUAAUCCGGGGACGACCACGGCUCAAGGCUUUCCUUUUGGAACGGCGACAACAACAGGCACAUCGACAGGAACGACAGGCUUUAGUUUUGGAGGCACAAGCACAGCAGGCACAAGCACUGCGGCGUCGACAGGUUUUAGUUUCGGAGGGACAAGCACUGCGCCGAAGUCGACUGCCGGUUCAACAGGUUUCACCUUUGGAAAUGCCAGCACGGCGGUGGCAGGAACAGGAACAACAGGUGGUUUCAGCUUCGGUGCCCCGGCCACAAGUGCCCCUGGAGGAUUUAGCUUCGGCUCUGCUGCCAACCCCACCACAAGCGCAUCUCCCUUUGGUGCGACAUUUGGCGCCGCCACACCAGCCACCACAGCAACCACACAAGGGUUUGGCUUUCUGACUAACUUUGGUGGUAGUGGAGGUGGUGGAGGAGGUGCAGGAGGCGGCGGUGGGUUUCCCAAGCCGGCAACCUCCUUCGGGCCAGGAGGCUUUGCAAGCCUUACUAAUACGGUGCCUGGAACGGGCUUCAGCUUCGGCGGCGGCGCCAACCCCCCUGCCAAGGCGUUUACCUUUGGAGGUCCUGCGACUUCCAAUGCCUCGGCCGGCUUUGGGCUCCUGUGCGGCGGGUAUGGAGCAAAGCCUGCUACUGGCUUCCCAGCACAGACCUCAGAUGCCUCACAGCUUCAGCAGGGUGCCCUGGGGCAGCCCGACCCCUCACUGGCCCUCCACCUGGCCAUCUGCACCCCCUCAUACUUCAACAACGAGAGUGACGAGGUGCUGCGCAAGUGGAACCAGCUGCAGGCCUUCUGGGGCGCUGGAAAAGGCUAUUACGCCCCAAACAUGCCCCCGGUGGAGUUCACGCCCGAAAACCCUUACUGCCGCUUCAAGGCCGUCUGUUAUGCGCGCAUCCCAGACUACCGCAAUGAGGACGGCCACGUUCAGGUCAACAUCGGGAAGCCGCUGUCCGAAGUGGAGCAGCACAAACAGCAGAUCGUGACAACCCUGACGACACUGUUCAACGGGGCGGAGGUGGUGGUGGAGGCGGUGUUUGCUGCAAAAGGCCCCAAUCAGACCGUCCUUCACAUGCACGUCUUGCAGCCGCUUCCAAAUGGUGGGAAACAGAAAGCGCCAUCGUCGGAUGUGUAUCGUCACAUGGCAGCCCCGACCAGUGCAGAAACUGUUAAGAACUUGUGCAUUCAGGAUGUGAUCCCAUUAGUCUCAUUAACUGAGAAGCAGAUGAAGGAAUAUCUUGACACUCCACAGAGAGGCAUCGACCCCGCCCUGUGGGAGCAGGCCAAGAGGGAGAACCCGGACCCCAAGAAGUUCUUCCCCGUGGUCAAGGUCGGGUUCCAGGAGCUACAGAUGCAGUUCAAAGAGCAGGAGCAGCAUGCAGAGAAACUGCAGACCAGCAUGAAGGAGGUCACAGACGCCAUCACGCAGCUCAAGCACAAGCAGGCCAUGGUGAGGGCGGCCAUCCAGAAUGCCAAGUGGAAGCAGGCCAGCCUCAUGCGGAGGGUGCUCAAGCUGGUGUCAGCUCAGGAAGUAGAGCGCAAGAGAGGAGUGCCACUUGAUCAGACCGAGGAGCAGAUCCGCAUGCGGCUGGAAGACCUGUAUGUCCAGCUUAUGCAGCCCACGCAGUACAGGGGUUGCCUCAACGAGCUCAUGGCCCAGAUGUCGGUGAAGCCCUCUGGCUUGAAGGGCUGCCCUCGCUACGGCCUGGUGAACGACAAGGAAAAGGACAUCUCGCAGUAUAUCUCUUGGCAGCAAGAAGCACUCAAUGCGGUUGUCACUGUCCUGAAGGAGGACCUGCAGAUUGUAGACAGUAUGGCGGAAGAACUACAAAGAAAGCCUUAGGUUGGGAGUUAGAUAAUCAAUUUUUUUCCUUCCUUUUUCGGGAGUAUAAACUAUUUCCCCGUUUGUGUGAGAUGUGCAAAUAUAUUACACUGUGGCUUUUUAUUACUACAAAAAUAGUUAAUUAUAAUAAAGUGUUAAAAAGUAAAAA